AUGCUAAAAUUUAAAAAUAUUUUAAAUAUAUAUAAAACUAGUCCCUUUAAAGAGGUUAAUAAUAGUGGUAAUAUAGAACUUUUAAGAAUAAGAAGAAAGUUUAGUAGUACAGUAAAUUCUGAAAAUAAGAUAAAAGAGAAUGUUUCAAUAAAUAUUAAUACGGAAAGAGAAUUGCAUAAUAAUGAGGUUUUCGAUACGGUAAUAGUAGGAGGAGGAGUAACAGGGACUGCUUUAUUAUUUUUAUUAUCUAAAUUUACGAAUUUAAAAAAAUUGGCAUUAAUAGAAAGAAGAGAUAAUUUUGCCUUGGUAGCAUCUCAUGGAAAAAAUAACAGUCAAACAAUACACUGUGGAGAUAUAGAAACAAAUUAUACUUUUGAAAAAGCAAAAUUUAUAAAAAGAUAUGCUGAUCUGUUAAGAAAUUAUUUAACAAAAUUACCAAAAGAAAAGAGAGAUGAUAUAUCAAGUGUAACACAAAAAAUGGUUUUAGGUGUAGGAGAAAAGGAAUGCCAGUUUUUAGAAGAGAGAUAUCCAACCUUUAGGCAGUUAUUUAAGUCAAUGAAAUUAUAUAAUAUAGAAGAUAUACAUGAAGUAGAACCACGUGUAGCAUUAAAAGAUGCAUAUACUCUGAGAGAAGAAAAGUUGUCAGCUCUAUAUAUGCCACCUGAAUUAACAACAUGUGAUUAUCAAAAAUUAGCUCAAAGUUUUAUAGAAUCAUCUAAAAAUGUUGAUAAGAAUAUUUCUAUAAAUUUAUUAACAGAAGUAAUAAAUAUAGAGGAAAUAAAUGAUUCUCUUUAUAAAAUAUAUACAAAUAAAGGAACAAUAAAAUCUCGUUUUGUUGUAGUAUGUGCUUGUGGCCAUUCGUUAAUGAUAGCCCAAAAAAUGAAUUAUGGUUUAGAGUACAGCUGUAUGCCAGUAGCAGGAAGUUUUUAUUUUACUGAUUACAUUUUAAAUGGUAAAGUGUAUACAAUUCAAAAUCCAGCUCUACCUUUUGCUGCUGUUCAUGGUGAUCCCGAUAUAAUAGAAAAAGGAAGGACUAGAUUCGGUCCAACAGCGUUACCUUUGCCAUUACUUGAAAGAGAUAAUAUAAAAACAUUUAAAGACUUUUUAAAAGUAUGGAAUCCUGAUAUAAAUUUGUUUCAUGUAUACUAUAAUUUAUUCAAAGAUAUGACUAUGUUAAAAUAUGUUGCUCGUAAUUUUUUAUUUGAGAUUCCUAUUUUAAAUAAAUAUUUAUUUUUAAAAGAUGUAAGAAAAAUUAUUCCUACAUUAACUAAACAAGAUUUAACAUAUUGUGUUGGAUAUGGAGGAGUUAGACCACAACUCAUAAAUAAAAAAAGCAAAAAAUUAUUAUUAGGUGAAGGAAAAAUAGAUUCAGGAAAAAAUAUUAUUUUUAAUAUUACUCCUUCACCAGGUGCUACCACUUGUUUAGGUAAUGGAGAAUUUGAUAUGAACACAGUUUGUGAAAGAUUAAAUGCAGUAGUUAAAAAGGAUGAGGUACGAAAAUUUUUAUAUGAAGGAGAAUAUCCAGUAAACUAUUUAUAA